AUGACUAACAACUAUACAAUCAUUCCUGGAAUAGAUGCCAAACUAAAAUCUCAAAUUAAAGGACUUUUUUAUUUAAAAAAUAAUAUUAUAAUGUGCUCGAAAAAAAACAAGCCAAUUAUUAUAUUAUCCGAAUUGGAUGAAAUAUUUAAGAAACAUCACAAUGAUAAAAAUCAUACAGGAGUGAACACAACUAUCAAAUCGAUUGAAACAAUAUAUGCAACUGUUCCAGUGAAUAAGCUCAAAGAUUAUAUAAAAAAUUGUGAGGUAUGCUCAUUAAAGACGACGUUGCUGAAGGCCCCAACUGGUAAAGCUAUAAAGUCAACGGCAGUAUGGGGUCAAGUUGUAAUGGAUCUUAUUGAUUUUAGUAGCACUCCUGAUGGAGAAUUUAAAUUAAUUCACUUUAAAGACCAUUUUUCUAAAUUUACAUAUGCAACGCCUCUUAUAUCAAAACAAGGGGAAUAA